AUGGCUUCCACGAUGGCGGCCAAUGCAACCGGUGUACACAACGUACGAUCUAACCGCUCCAACAUGGGUUCAUCAGGGAUGAACAGCGACCGCGCACGCGGAUCGCACAGCAACAGCGCAGGGAAGAGCUUUGGUGCUGGAAAGUCCAACUGGAACAAUAUCUGGGGUGACACCAACCUGGGAAAUGGCUUUGGAGAUGAUCAACACAUCGGAGAUGCCUCGUUUGAAGGAAAGUCAGGCUCGGGCUCAUUGCUGUCCACGUCGGAGUCGGAUGGCUGGGCUGGCCGCCCUAACCUGCCCUGGAGCACUGUCAACUCGUCGCUUUCGAUGAGCCAAACCCGCGGUGGUAUGGCAACCUCGCCGAUUCAGACCCGUGCCAAUGACCGAAGUGCGCCCGCUCUGAACGAUGCUGGCGAAUCUUCCUACUUCACGCUGCCCCGGACCACUAGCAUCGUUACCUCCGCCGGUACUGCGAGUCACCGACCUUACCUUAACUCUGGAUCUGAGGGCGUGUCGCCCUCGGGAGAUGGCGUGUCUUUCAGCACCUUCUCUGGCCUUCGAAAUGGUGAUGGACGUCGGCAGAUGAGCUCUUCUGGCCUUAGCGGCAGCCCUGUGGGAAUAACCUUCCCAGUCAAGCCCGGCUUCUCUGGCUCGCUAGACGGUUCCCGCCCGGACGAGAUGAAUGCCUCGAUGAGCAUGGGCACUAUUGCUUCCGGCCUAUCCGAUGGCGUGUCCCCGCCUCAGACGCGCAGCGGACUCUCUCACAUCCCCCACAACUCCACUUCAUACGUCCCUCAACGGCCGGCUCAUUCGGCCCACCCCUCUUUCUACUCAGACAACCACAGCGUUGAGGGUCGCUAUGGUAACGGAUCGAUUGACCUAUCCGCUGGUUUCAGCAAGCUGCAAUUGAACGAGAGUGGAUACGCCAACCAGGCCGGUGGCCAACGUCCCCAGUUCAUGUCCCAUGCGUCGUAUGAUGGGUCUCUGCCCCGUGGCAAGUAUCAGAACAACGACGAUCCUAGCUACCAAGCUCUCGCUGCUUAUGGAGCUGAAGCUGCCCACGAUCUGCACCCGGCCUAUCAGGCACGCUCUCGCGGAGGUGAAAACGGAUCAAUCUCUCCUUCAGACUACCAUCGCAUGGAUAGCCCCUUGUAUGCUGGGGCUGAAGGUGCUGCCCAGUAUCGCAACUCGUCCGGUGGCCGCGUGGCUGAACAAGUUGCCUUCGAACGCCGGCUGCGGACCUUCCAAGAGCAGGAUUUCAUUCAGGGUCAGGCAAAUUCGCUUCAGCGUAUGCCGAUGGCCUCACAGUUUGACUACCAGGCCUAUCAGGCGACACGCUUGAACUCCUUGCAGGGGUUCUACCCCAUCGCUCAGCUUGGUGGGCUCGGCCCUGCAGCUUUAGCUCGUGCACACCGUGAUGACCCCACGCAGGUUGUUCGCAGCCCUCUGCUCGAGGAAUUCCGUGCCAACAGCAAGGGAAAUAAGCGCUACGAGUUGAAAGACAUCUACAACCAUGUUGUUGAGUUCAGCGGCGACCAGCAUGGCUCACGGUUCAUUCAGCAGAAGCUGGAGACUGCCAACAGUGACGAGAAGGAGCAGGUCUUCCGGGAGAUCCAACCGAACUCCUUGCAGCUCAUGACCGAUGUCUUCGGCAACUACGUUGUGCAGAAGCUCUUUGAGCAUGGCAAUCAGAGCCAGAAGAAGAUCCUCGCCAACCAGAUGCGGGGACAUGUACUUGCUCUCUCGACCCAGAUGUAUGGAUGCCGUGUUGUGCAAAAGGCACUGGAGCAUAUUCUCACCGACCAGCAAGCCGCUAUGGUCAAGGAGUUGGAGAACCAUGUCCUGAAGUGCGUUCGGGACCAGAAUGGCAACCACGUCAUCCAGAAGGCUAUUGAGCGCGUGCCAUCUCAGUAUGUGCAGUUCAUCAUCAACGCCUUCCGGGGCCAGGUCAAUCGCCAUGCUGCGCACCCUUACGGAUGCCGCGUCAUCCAACGUAUGUUGGAGCACUGUGAGGAGGUUGACCGUGAAUCCAUUCUGAGCGAGCUGCACGCAUGCACCUCGAGUCUCAUCCCUGAUCAGUUUGGAAACUACGUGAUCCAGCAUGUCAUCGAGAACGGUGACGCCAAGGACCGUGACCGCAUGAUCCAGAUUGUCAUGUCGCAGCUGCUGGCAUACUCAAAGCACAAGUUUGCUAGCAAUGUGGUCGAGAAGAGUAUUGAGUUUGGCGACGAAGAACAACGCCACAACAUCAUCUCUACCCUGACCUCGCCGAACGAGCGUGGUGAGAGCCCGCUGCUCGGUCUGAUGCGCGAUCAAUAUGGCAACUAUGUCAUUCAAAAGGUCCUCGGUCAGCUGAAGGGCGAAGAGCGUGAAGCUCUGAUUGAGCAGAUCAAGCCCCUGCUGAGUCAGUUGAAGAAGUUCAGCUAUGGCAAGCAGAUUGUGGCCAUCGAGAAGCUCAUCUUCGACCCCAACUCUCCGACCGCCGGCCCACUGUCCCACACUACCUCUACCACACCUCCCAACUCUCACAAAUCCUCUCCGCAACCCCUGAAGCGCACCAUUCCCGCCAUGGAGCAGCCGCAGCCUCCCUUUGUGGGCACUGCGCCACCAACCCCACCCCCGACGGAGAACCAGGGCACCGUCGAUGACUCCUUCGGGUCCAAGGGGCUUUGCAAAAGCACCGUGACCUCGGUCUCCAGUCCCAAGACGGGCAGCACCGGCGUUCCCGUCACGGUCGAUGGUCACUAA